CAGCUCCAUGGAGGCCGGGCAGUUGCGAAAGUCACUAACUGGCUGGAGAUCUGAGGGCCAGGUAGGCCUUCGUAGAUGUGGCACCUGGACUUUGAUAUUCUCCCAGAGGAGAGGAGGCACGUUUGGGCCAGGUCCCUGGAGCAGCGCUGAAGGAAGGUGGGCAGCCGUCAGCCAGAAGAAUAAAAUAACUACUCAACUGACUCAAAACCCAAGAGAAAUUCAGAGAUUUAGGGAUGGAACCUUGGGUUCCCCAGUGGCCUUCUCAGCCACGGGGGAGGCCCAUUGCUCCAACGAAGGAUCCAGAUCAAGGGCUGUGGAAAGAUGGAUAUCAUCGGCCCGUUUCUCAUCCUCGACACAAUGGAGAGGGGUUUUAUCAACGGCCAGAUACCCGUGGGAGUCCCCAGCCACAUCAGGACCUCAGGGCAGAGCACCAGCAGCCCCGUUACACAUCCAGGCCUGGGGAGUGGCAUCAGCCAGUGCCUGGCGCUGACUAUUACCAAGGUGGUUAUCCCGGUCACUUGUAUUCCAGGCCAGGCUAUGAGGAUCCAUAUCAGAGCUAUCGCUCUCCAUCUCUAAGGGAAGAAUAUGCUUAUGGAAGUUAUUACUACCGUGGACACCCACAGUGGCUGCAGGAAGAAAGAGUGCCCAGGCAAGGGAGUCCUUAUAUCUGGCAUGAAGAUCAUCGAGGUAAAAAGUACCUCAGUGAACCUUGUCGUGAAAGCCAGAGCAGUCCAUUUGGAACCAAGAGUGAGACCCAGUUUCAACCACUCACUUGGAUCCCUGAUAAAGACAGUCCUGCUUCCACCUCUGGACAGGAGAGGCCCGGGGAGCUGUUUUCUGAGAGUCUUCGGACGGGGGCCCAGAAGAAUAAGCCGUCACUGAGCAGCGAGUCCAACCUCCUCCAGCAGCACGAGUCUGGCCUCAGCUCCAGCAGCUAUGAGCUCAGCCAGUACAUGGCGGACACCCCGGAGCUGUAUGACCCGACGGUCUCAGUGGUGUGGAGUCCAGGACAGGCUGAGGAUGUCUCGGCAGCUGGUCCCAAGGAACCCAAGAAGUUCUACAUCCCUCACGUGCCUGUGAGUUUUGGGCCUGGAGGCCAGCUGGUGUGUGCGGGUCCCAGCUCUCCCACUGAUGGGCAAACGGCCCUUGUUGAGCUGCACAGCAUGGAGGUUAUUCUUAAUGAUUCCAAGGAACAAGAGGAGAUGAGAAGUUUCUCGGGACCGCUGACCAGGGAAGAUGUGCACAAAGUGGACAUUAUGACAUUCUGCCAGCAGAAGGCAACUCAGAGCCGUAGAUCGGAGACACCCGGCAGCGUGGACUCAGCUCUACUGUGGCAACUGCUGGUUCUCCUUUGUCGCCAGAAUGGGUCCAUGGUGGGGUCUGACAUCGCGGAGCUGCUGAUGCAAGACUGCAAGAAGCUGGACAAGUACAAGAGGCAGCCUCCAGUGGCCAACCUCAUCCACCUGACUGAUGAGGACUGGCCGGUGCUGAGCUCGGGCACCCCAAACCUGCUCACUGGGGAGAUCCCGCCCAGCGUGGAGUCGCCUGAGCAGAUCGUGGAGAAAUUCACUAGACUGCUCUACUACGGGAGGAAGAAGGAAGCCUUGGAGUGGGCCAUGAAGAACCAUUUGUGGGGCCAUGCUUUGUUCCUAUCCAGCAAGAUGGACCCAAGGACCUACAGCUGGGUCAUGAGUGGCUUCACCAGCACGCUGUCACCCAAUGAUCCGCUGCAGACCCUCUUCCAGUUCAUGUCGGGGAGGAUUCCACAAGCAGCCACGUGUUGUGGGGACAAGCAGUGGGGAGACUGGAGGCCUCACUUGGCUGUGAUUCUGUCGAAUCAGGCUGGGGACCCGGAGCUGCAUCAGCGUGCAAUUGUCACUAUGGGGGACACACUGGCUGGAAAGGGGCUUGUGGCGGCGGCUCACUUCUGCUACAUCAUGGCCCACGUGCCCCUGGGCCACUACACAGUGAAGACAGACCACCUGGCCUUGCUGGGCAGCAGCCACAGUCAAGAGUUUUCGAAAUUCGCAACAACUGAGGCUAUCCAGAGGACGGAAAUCUUUGAGUACUGUCAGAUGCUGGGCCGCCCCAAAUCCUUCAUCCCUUCUUUCCAGGUGUAUAAGCUCCUUUAUGCUUCCCGUCUGGCAGAUUAUGGCCUCGUCACCCAGGCCUUGCAAUACUGUGAAGCCAUUGGUGCAGCUGUCUUGAGCCAGGGAGAGAACACUCACCCUGUGCUAUUAGCAGAACUCAUCAAGCUAGCAGAGAAACUGAAGCUGUCAGACCCUCUGGUUUUAGGAAGACGCCAUGGAGACAGGGACCUGGAGCCAGACUGGCUAGUGCAACUUCGGAGGCAGCACCAGGAGCUGGAGCAAAAACUGGCUGGAUACACUGGGGAUCUGCAUUCUGCUCACUUAGAUAUUCUGAGAGCCAGAGGAACCACAACAGACGAUGCUUCCCACCCGGACCUUGUGGGAUAUCACGGCUACUCAGAAGGCCCUGGGUACCUCUCAGCCCCGUGGCCAGCGCCAGAGCAGACUGGCCCCAUCCACCCCAGCCCACAGCAGCCCUCUCCCCUCCAGAUGGGCUCCUACACAGCGGCAGGGAGUGCAGGGCAGCUGGGGACACCUGUGCCUCUUUACCCUGUUCCUGAGACCUACGUGACAGAGACAACCGACGGCAGCAUGGCAGUGACAGGAGCUCCUGGAGGAAGGACCUGGGAGGGGAUGCCGCAGACACACAUGGCUUCUGGAGAGAACACAGUGUCUCAAGACACCUCCCAGCAUGCUGAUGAUCAAAGGGUCACUUCCAAACCACAGGCCCCACUGGUUCCCAGAGUGCGGAAUCCUUCUGAGAGCUCCACCAUUUCAGGCAAGGAGGAUGAGGAGGAAUCCUCUGAUGAGGCCGAUCAGAAAUCUCCCCGGGAUGCUGCACAUGGAGAGAAGCUGGGCGAUGGGAAAGGGAAUACAAAGAGCUCUGGCUUUGGGUGGUUCAGCUGGUUCCGAUCGAAGCCCUCUAACCACACAUCUGGAGAUGAGGACUCGUCCGAUGGUCCCGAAGCUGAGCAGGAGACACCGGGAACAUCUUCCCUCGAGGCUAGCCGUGGCCUGUCACCGAUACCUCUCCUGGAGUCACCUCUGCCGGGUGCUAGCACCAUCUCCGGGGGCACAGGUGAAGCUCCAGGACCCGCAUCCAGUGGAGGGACCACUGAGGGCGCUGGGAUUGGAGGCUUGACCAGGCCUGAGAGUGUUUCCCCUGAGCUCUACUCCAACCCUGGUGGUCUGCUUCCUCCACCUUCCAUGAAAGGGGCUGUUCCUCUUUACAAUCCAUCUCAGGUCCCUCAGCUCCCCAUGGCUACUAGCCUGAAUCGGCCAAAUCGCCUAGCUCAGCGCCGCUACCCAACCCAGCCCUGCUGAGAAUGUCCACCUGUCCUGGGCUCGUCUCCUGAGAGUGCAACUUUCAUAUUGCUCUCCUUUUCUCCACCUUCAACCUUUCUGCCAUAUGUGGGCCUUUAAGAGGUUUGGUCUAGUCUAUUGCCUCACUUGGCACAGGGAAAGCAAAGGGACAGACUCUCCCCAAGACACAGCUCAGUCCAGUCUCUUAGGAUUAGCUCCAGAAUGACGAGAAUUCGUUCAUCAGAUGGGAAACCUGGGAGUAAUAGUAGACUUGAAGUGAGCAGAGUGCCAUGGCAGCCAUACUUAAGAUGGUGUCAUGAGAGCCUCAGGACAUAGAGCCCUGGCAAUCCCACAGCUAGAAUCAGAGAUGACACUCCUGGAAAUUAUGGGGGUGGAGCAGAGGCAGGGACUCAGAACAGUAUUCUAGACUAACUUUGAUUCCUUUCUCCAUCUUAGUUAUAGACCAAUGCGUGGCUCAAUUCAGCAACAUUUUUAUAUUGAAACUUGUAUUAUUGCUCCCCUCAUACUUCCCUCAUUAGUGACAUUUCAGCAGUUUUCCUCUUGGUCCUGGUUUUGUGCACAUUUUCUAUGUGGUUCAGAUUAAUUAUAUUUCUCUCACUUUC